AAAAAUUAAAAUUAACGACUCAAAAGUCAAAAUCAAGCUAAAUAUAGGCUCUGCCUUCCUCUUAUUACCUUGGCCCAAUAAAAAGCCCAAUAAUAAUGUAUUCCCCAUUUCCCCUUCUCUCUCUUCUCUCUCUCUCUCUCUCUCUCUCUCUCUCUCUCUGUACUUAAUUCGGAUUUUGGAAUCUCUGUAGUCUCUCCCUCCGCGCCAACUCAAUUACGAGGAUUGCUCCAAUCGAAGAUGGAUUUCGAAAAUGGCGACGAAAGCAUGGUGUGGUCCGAAGAGCUGGAGCGCGUGCCUCUCAAACAGAGACUCAAGUUGCUGUUGGCCAGCCACCGUAUCUCCGUCGAUUCGUCCUUGAAAUCCGAGCGCCGGAGUCCUGUUUUGCCACCAACUGUAGGUGUUGCCGGAAAAGAGGAAAGAGAAAAUGGUCACUGUGAUACACAGUCUGGUCUCUGUGCUGAGGAACGGAUGAAUGAGAAAGUACUGGAGGCCGAACGACGAACGGGUGAUCUGGAAUUGAAAGAUCAAGAAAAUUUAGCUUCUGCUCCAUCUGUGAAAAUUGAUUCAGUUGGUAGUAGUUCACUUUACGAGUCAGUUUGUGUCACAGAUCCCGUCACAGUGAAGCUUGAGUGUGAUGACAACUUAGUCGAGGGUUCCUCGAGAUCUGAGAUUCAAGCUGUUAGUUCUGAACCUGAGAUGAGUGAUGAACUCGAUCAUGCCUCAUUGAAAGAACGAUUAAGGGGGUUUCUAGCAAGUAAAUGCUUGGGAUUCUCAUCAACGGUGUUGGAGGAGAAUUAUGCUGUAAGAGUAAAAGGAGAGCUGGGAUUUGGUGACCAAAUUCAUAAGAUUGAUAGUACUUCAAAAUCUCUUUCGCCAAGGAGUACCAAAGUUUCAUCUUGUAAACCUCAUCAAGCACUUGACAAUUUCUCCGAACGAAACAAAUCCGCUGAUGAAGGUUCAUCAGGGAAUCAAAGAAAUGAAAUGAUAAGUUCUUCUGAAACAGAAUGCACGAAAAACGUAUCAGACGUUGGAAAGACUCUUCUGUCUGGUGAUAUUAGAACUGCGAAAUAUUCACCUAUACCUGGCUUAGCAAAUAUCAAAACCGAACCAUCAAAUGACGGCGAAUUACCUACUUUCAAUUUAAAUACAAUGGAUCAAACGUCGCUUAGAAACUUCGUCAUGGUGAAGAGUGAAGUUCAAACAUCUGAUGAUGCUUACGAAGAUGAGUUGGAUCAUAUGUUGCUCCGAGAGCGGAUGAAACUGUUGCCAUCAAAAGAUGGUCCAAGUUCGGAUAUUCACCACACGAGCCAAACGCUUCCUUCUGUUGCUUCAAAUCCUACCCACCUGAAAGUCAACCGUCCAAGAAAAAGACGAAAAACUGUUACGGAUUCAGUUGAAACUGCCAUGGAGGAAGAUGCUCCUGGACUAUUGCAGGUGUUGAUUGAGAAAGGUGUUUCAGUUAAUGAUAUCAAGCUUUACGGUGAACCAGAAUGUAAUGAUUUGGAUGUUUCAUCCAUCAAAGACAGUUUUUCAGAGCUUGAAGAAGUUAUAUCUAAGCUUUUCUGGCAGCGCGAGUCAUUCUUGAAGUUAGGUCCCAUGCGAUCCAGCAAGGGGGAGAAGGCUAGUUACUGUUUGGAAUGUCUAUUUUCACUCGUGGAGCAGGCACGAUAUCUGCUGUUUCGAAAGUGGCCAGUUGAAUGGGGCUGGUGCCGGGACCUCCAGUCGUUUAUCUUUGUCUUUGAAAGACACAACAGGAUAGUGCUUGAACGCCCUGAAUACGGUUACGCAACGUACUUCUUUGAGCUGGCAGAUUCUUUGCCCAUAGAUUGGCAGAUCAAACGACUAGUAACUGCCAUGAAGCUUACAAGCUGCAGUAGGGUUUCCUUACUCGAGAACAAAGCACUGAUGGUAGGCGAUGAUUUAACGGAAAGAGAAGCUCGGGUUUUGAUGGAAUAUGGAUGGACACCUAACACUGGGCUUGGAACAAUGCUUAAUUAUUAUGACAGAGUUGUUCAUGACAGGAAAAACGAGACAUACGCCUCUGAGUGGAGAUCAAAAAUCGGGAAGAUGCUUACAGAUGGUUAUAAUGGAGGUACCUUACUCUCUGCUCGUAUUCCAGAAAAGGUCACUGAAUACAACCUUGACCAUCCCAUGCAUGUCAAGUUAGAACUUAGUUGAGGUCAGGUUUUAUAUCUCGAAAUUGCAAAUAUUUGUCGAUUCUCGAUAGAUCUUUUUGGCACACUAUUCUGUUGAGAUCAGUUUGUUGGAUUGAUUUAUAAAUAUAUGGCCUUUUUUUUCAGAAUGUAAAUAACUAUUCUCUAUUUUCCAUGAUGAAGGAUCCAAAGUUUUCGCA